UCCCCGUGGUCGUGUGUGACUAACUGGCGCUGCCGCCAUCCAGCCCAGACGUGAGAACUUGCGGUGAGCUGUCUGACACCUGCCGUUCUGUCGCAGGUUCUACCUCGGGGGACCGACGAGCGUCCGCGGGUUCAGCAUGCACAGCAUCGGCCCACAGAGCGAAGGCGACUACCUGGGGGGCGAGGCGUACUGGGCCGGCGGCCUGCACCUGUACACGCCACUGCCCUUCCGGCCCGGCCAGGGCGGCUUCGGGGAACUCUUCAGAACCCACUUUUUCCUCAACGCAGGGAACCUCUGCAACCUCAACUACGGGGAGGGGCCCAGAGCCCACAUCCGGAAGCUGGCCGAGUGCAUCCGCUGGUCCUACGGGGCGGGCAUCGUGCUUCGGCUGGGCAACAUCGCGCGGCUGGAGCUGAACUACUGCAUCCCCAUGGGCGUGCAGAGAGGGGACAGGAUCUGCGAUGGCGUCCAGUUUGGAGCCGGGAUAAGGUUUCUGUAGCCGGCGCCCCUGCGGGAGCAGCCCCGGGCCCAGACCUGCUCGGAGAAACCGCGGGGCGGCCCUCGGACUACAGCCCUGUGGCAACCGCGUCAAUAAAUUCUUCACACAAACGCUCA